AUGGAGAAAGGACAAGUCGAAGAGUGGUACACAACAGUAUUCAAUAUGCAACGAAAGAAGCUGAAAAUUAACGGACAUUGUAUUGAGUACGAGCAAAAGUUAAACCAGAUACCACAGUAUAGAGGUGGUAUUUUGGAGUUCUUAGAUUUGAACGCAAAGACAGUUGAUGGGUGUUGUGAAUUGGUUGGUGAUGACAAACGAGAAGAGGCGUUGCUGUGUUACAUCGACUUUUUGCGGUAUUGGUUCUUCUUAAGAGAGGACCAGAAAUGGUUCCACCCAACAACAAAAAUCUUACCAAACCAGUCCCCUGUCAAAGAACUUGCGAAGAUCAUGGGGUACUUGUUGUGCUGUGGUGCCGAUUUGCGAGACGUUUUGAAGUACUUUGGGAUGUUUGACGAUUGUGGAGAAGUUCUUGGAGAACUUUUCAUUAUUGCUGGAGAGAGUAUUGUCACCGCCUUCAAAAAGGAUGAAGACAAGAGUUGGAGGGAAUUUGUAUUGAUCGGAGCGAAGUGGGUUCUUGUUUGCAAGCCGAACGAUGCGAUGAUGAAUCUCGAAUACGUCCAGACCAUUUUCAGGUUGUAUAACAUCGAGGGUCUCCUCGCUUAA